ACAAAGUGGUAACGGAAAAAUUGGUCGGCGCGAUAGUUAUCGUUUUACAAAUGGCUAUAAUACAAGACAAAUAUAAUUGAAUACAACUGUCGUGUGUUCAGUGAACUCCUAAACAUGACAACUGAGGAGGAGAGGGGCGUAGUGCGUGUCAAAGUCAAGAAGUGGGAGGGGAUGCUGCCAGUGGAGCUCCGCUCGUUUGCUGUGGAUCCUCAGAUAACAUCACUAGAGGUGCUACAGCACAUCCUCAUCCGAGCCUUUGAGUUAAAUGGCAAACGCAACUUUGGGAUAAGUUACCUGUCCCAGGACCGUGGAGGUGUGGAAGUGUAUCUAUCUCUCCUUUCUGACUUUGAUUUAGAAUCUGCUUUUGUCAGUGCAGCUAAACCUUAUCUACAGCUCAAGAUGGACAUUAAUCUCUCUGAAGACAGUCCCGUUAUGGAAGACUGGGACAUAAUAAGCCCCAAAGACGUGAUUGGUUCUGACCAGCUUCCUGGGGAUAGGAGAUCUUUGGCUGCUGCUGCCCUUCCCUUCACCCAGUCCCUGCUCUCCCAGGUUAGUGUUGCUUACAAUGACCCACCUGGGAUUCAAUCUCUCGCUGUCUGUCUCUGGGUUCAGAUGAUGGGUCGAACGCUGUCUAGAGUACAGCAGGCCUUGAGCUGGUCGUAUGGGGAGGAGGUGAAGCCUUUCAAGCCCCCUCUGAGCGAUGCUGAGUUCCACAGUUACCUCAACGGCCAGGGCCAGCUGUCCCGGCCAGAGGAACUGAGGCUACGUAUCUAUCAUGGUGGGGUGGAGCCCUCUCUACGCAAGGUUGUCUGGCGAUACCUCCUGAACGUGUACCCCGAUGGGCUGACCGGUCAGGAGAGAAUGGACUACAUGAAGAGCAAGACUAGGGAGUAUGACCAACUGAAGGGGGAGUGGUCAGCGAGGGCCAGUCCAGAGGACCUGGAGUUCAUCAGGGGCAACGUACUGAAGGACGUCCUGAGGACCGACCGGGCCCAUCCCUAUUACGCCGGCUCCGAGGACAGCCCCCACCUCACUGCUCUCACCGACCUGCUCACCACCUUUGCCAUUACACAUCCACAGGUGUCGUACUGCCAAGGCAUGAGUGAUAUUGCUUCGCCGAUACUUGCCGUCAUGGACAAUGAGGCACAUGCAUUCAUCUGUUUCUGUGGCAUUAUGAAACGCCUAGAGGGCAACUUCCGUCCGGAUGGCCAUUUCAUGUCCGUAAAGUUCCAGCAUCUGAAGCUGCUUCUGCAGUACUCAGACCCCGAGUUCUACUGUUAUUUGGUGUCCCGUGGAGCUGAUGACCUGUUCUUCUGUUACCGCUGGCUGCUCUUGGAACUCAAACGGGAGUUUGCCUUCGACGAUGCCCUGAGGAUGCUGGAGGUCACCUGGAGCUCCCUGCCCCCUGACCCUCCCGAAACAGAAGUGGAGCUUCUUGGGCCGCCGCUAGAAACAGACCAAACCAUAGUGACAUGUGAGAGUGGUGUUGAAAAGAGGCCCGCCGUUACAGGGGAUGCUGGAAAUGAAGGGGAGCUGAAAGAGAAGCAGCGGAGACGACACAUGUUGAGGCCCUCAAGAGUGGAGGCAGAUGGGGGGAGAAAGAUCAAAAUGGAGGAAGGAGAGGGGGAGGACAGAGGAGCCAGAAGAGCGGGUGAGGGGAAUUUUGACAUGCCUUACGUGGGAAAGGAGAAAGCUCACAACAACGUGCCUGUUCCUUCCUUCGAGAAGCAGACCAGCUUUGGCGAGUUCAAAUACUACAGUGCACGGAACAAAGACAGCUUUGAUUUCGAGCAGAGAGACCCACCAGUGGGUCCUGUUGAGAUGGAAGCCGCCUCACCCCCAUGGGAGAGAGCGCCUCUUAUAAAGGACAUUAAUAAGUCUUCCUGCCCAGAUACAGAGGAGAGGAGCUCCCCAAAUGGACAAAUAGCCUCUCCGGUCUCCUCGUUUCCUCCUGGUCUGCCAGACUGGAAAAAUGUUUCCUCUCUGUCUCCAGGCUCCACUCCCUCCCCCUCAAGUUGGAGAGGUGCCUCCCCGGACACCCCGUCACCAAAGUUCACCUCUCCCAUUUUACCCAACGGAAGGAUGGCGGUGCCGAAUGGAACCGGAGCCAACUCACCCGCUACCCCCACAGGGAGGUCCUUAGUUUCCUCUCCGCUGUUGUCUCGAGCGUUGCUCUCCUCGCCAAUUUUGUCCUUUGGGAGAGCUCUUCCUUCGCUACCCGUCGGACCGGUGAACAAGUCCUUUUCUAGUAACCUUCAAUCUCCUUGCAGCAGAGCUUUCAGCACUGCGCCCCACACUCAAAAUUCAACCAAACCAGAGAAUACCACCAUCAAACCUUGUUCCCUGCCACCUCCUCAAGAGUUUGGCAAAGGAAAUCCUUUCAUGUUGUUCCUGUGCCUGUCGAUCCUGCUGGAGCAUCGAGACCACAUUAUAAAGAACGGCUUUGAUUACAACGAGCUGGCUAUGCACUUUGACCGCCUUGUUCGUAGACACAAUCUGGGCAGGGUGCUGCAGCGCGCCAAGGCCUUGUUUGCAGACUACCUGCAGAGUGAGGUAUGGGACUCAGAGGAAGGGGAUGAGGUCAGCUCGGAUUCGCCCACCACAGUCACUGCUGCUCUGUAUUCCCCGCCCCCCUCUGCCACCAGGCUUCUUUUUACCCCUUUGUCAUCCCCACAACCAUCCUCCCCAAACUCCACCUAUAACCUGGCUGACACCAUACCUUCCCCGUCACCUGUCUCCCUCUCACCAUCCUCUUGACUUCUGUCACUAUAUCCCCAACACACUUGCAUUACACAGAUUUCAAAUGUUGUAUUUUUUUUAUUUCACCUUUUAUUUAGCCAGGUAGGCCAGUUGAGAACAAGUUCUCAUUUACACCUGCAACCUGGCCAAGAUCAAGCAAAGCA